AUGCCGUCUUGGCAGCCAAGUCUUUCUCCUUCAGAUUAUCCAACUAUUCUUGCAUCGGCUAAUCCAAGUGCUUUGGUUCCUGAACCUACCAAGAAACCCUCAGAGUCGCCCAGCAAGACCCCUUCCGCAACGCCAUCGAGUGCCCCGACUCCGACCCCACCGCCAACACUUGCUUCGGUUCCAGGAGAAACACCAAGUCCAACAGAGACAUCCUCUGCAACUCCCUCGUCUACGCCAUCAGUCGCUCCUGCCGUUGGAAGCACACCGUCUCCAUAA